UCGGUUGGUUGCCCUGGGAACGAGAGCGCGUGACAAACCGGAAGUACAAGUGCUUUUUAGGUUUGGUGAAUGGUAGUCUCCGAUGUCAGGGUGACACCAGGAGGAGGAUUGUAUUCAAUGUUAUUUUAACUGCUGAAACUCUGGUUAUUUGAUUACAAGUAUAUAUAUAUAUAUUUUUAAAAAGCCCAUGUAUUUUGUUUUUAUGAAGAAAAAACAAGCACAAGUUCUUCAUUGCAGCAGAGGAGAUUCAGAUUACACUUUGUCAAUAGAGAAUGGCAACACGACGAGCGUUAAAGGCUGUUCUGAUAGAUCUGAGUGGAACAUUACAUAUUGAAGAUACAGCCAUAUCUGGUGCACAGGAAGCACUGCAGAAGUUGCGCAGUGCUCCUGUAGCUGUGAAGUUUGUGACUAACACCACCAAGGAGUGUAAACGAACACUGUUUGAACGACUGCAGAAGCUCAACUUUGACAUUCAUGAGGACGAGAUCUUCACGUCCCUGACAGCAGCCAGAAAUCUUGUUGAGCAAGAGCAGGUCAGGCCGUUACUUUUGGUGGAUGAUAGUGCACUUGAAGACUUUGAAGGAAUAGACACAAGUGAUCCUAAUGCUGUGGUUGUUGGAUUAGCUCCUCAGCACUUUAAUUACAAUACCUUGAACAAGGCAUUCAGGUUAAUUUUAGAUGGUGCCCCACUAAUUGCUAUACAUAAGGCAAGGUGCUUCAAAAAACUGGAUGGCUUAUCACUUGGGCCAGGACCUUUUAUUACUGGGCUGGAAUAUGCAACAGAUGUCAAGGCCACAGUAGUAGGAAAGCCAGAGAAACCAUUCUUCCUUGAGGCUCUCCGAAGCAUUGGAUGCCAGCCAGAAGAGGCAGUUAUGAUUGGUGAUGAUGCUAGGGAUGAUGUUGGUGGAGCACAAAAUGCUGGGAUGUUGGGGAUUUUGGUAAAAACUGGAAAAUACCAAGCCGGAGAUGGAGGAAAAACAAACCCUCCUCCGUAUUUGAUAUGCGAUGCUUUUCCACAGGCUGUUGACCAUAUUCUAAAGAAUCUUCUGUAAAAACUCAUAAUAUGGAUACAUCUUGGGCAUGUACUACGAAAGAUCACCAAACAACUUCAGGUCAUUGUCAAAAGACAGAAUUCCAAAAUUUCAUGGUUUGAAAUUCUGUCAAACAUGAAUCAAAGUACACAGCAUUUUGUACAGUUGCGUUUGUGAGGGAUCAAACUAAUGUGUAGUGGUAUUUCAAUACCUAUGGUCCUGGAAAAAUGUCAAAAUGGUUUUAGAAGAAGGCUGUUAUUUAGCGAAGAACCACAAGGCUAUUCUUCUCAUUGGAACAAAUGUCUUUAACUAAAUGCAUCUGGUAUUCUUGACUGUUUCCAAAGCUUAUAACUACAUCUCUAACCCAGCGCUCACUUGUCUUUGUAAUGUCUACUUAAUCUGAAAUAUAUGGUCCCCUGUAUGACA